UAUUUCACAAAAUUUGUUGGGACAAGAAAUUACAACCGUGACUAAUUUAUGUCGAAUGUCUUCGUGGAGGUCGAAAAAAAUGACGCUUGAAAAAGUCAAAGCUGAUGACAUCUCACGCUGUGAAACACGGAUGUAA